AUGCUUUCUGUUGAGAAGGAAGCAUGCUUAAGAGAAAGAAAUCUUCUGCAAGACUUUUGUCCUGCACACGAUUUAUUCUUGAAGCCUGUGUGUAAAGUCAACAUAGCCGUCCAGCUGCCAGGAUUACAGUCCCAAGGCAAAUCCUUGUCUACUUGGGAACUGGCCGAUAAAUUGCGCCAGCUAUGCCCAUCUUUGCUGUCUCCGCCCACCCAGUUAAAGGUUUUGAGAGCGACUGUUGAAUUCCGAAUAAAGUUAAGUGGAUUCCCUCAAGCUCUGCGUGUUCGGGCUACGGAAGCGCAAAUUGACUGUCCCCGUCGCCAUGACUGGGAUGCAUUUUUUCCAGAUGCUCCGCGCUCCACAAAUAGCGCUUUAGGAUCUAUUUCAAAAAGCAGUUGGCCUAGUACCCAAAUUUUGAAGGAGGUAUUUGAGAUUUAUGGCAAAAUUCGUCGCGUCGAUAUCCCAAUGCUCGAUCCUGUCCAGAAUCCACAACUUCUAGCAAAUCUCGAAGUGCCGCCGGACGGCAUCGAGUCCAACGUUGAGGCUAGUGAUUCCGCCUUGAAAGGUGCCAGCACUGGUUUCGGCAAGAUAACCCCAGCUGUAAUAAAACCCUUAGCGCCAGCUGACCUGGAUGGCACCUCUGGAGGGCUUACCUCUGAUACAUCUGCAUUUAGUGCUGCUGGAAGUCCCCUCACAUUCCGUGCGUAUCUGCAAUACGUAGACUACUCAGGGUUUUCCAAUGCAAUGGAAUCACUUCGCGGUAUGAAAUUAGUAUAUGCACCCAAGCGUCCUUUGCAAUCGACGCAGCCCUCAGAACAGUCAUAUUUUUCAGCUGAGAUCCAGGUGGAUUUUGACCGAACGAAGCAUCUAUCCGAUGACUGCGUAAAGCGUCGCGACGUCGCUAGACAACGCCUGGAUGAGCGGAUACAACGCCGUCGUGCUGCUGCCGAAUUGGCGGAGGCAAAACGCCAGAGGCUUGCGCGCGAGGCUGAAGAACUGGCAGCCAAACGCAAACAAGAGGCUGAAGCUGAAGAAAAGUAUCGAAUCAAGAAGGAUAUUCUGAUGCAACAGAAGUUCCUUUUGGAGGGUCGGCGUACCCUUAUCGCCGGCCGACGAGCGGCCGCUAUACGUGUUAUUUCAGCCGUCCUACAUCAGCUUUCGGUAAGUCGAAACUGUCGUUUUCCCUCUGGUAAUGUCUAUUUGGAUAAGUGA